GGAAGCUUCUACGCUUGUCAUGGCGCUUUCUACACCACCUAGCCGCCAAUAUUGGUGCAUCUCUGUCACCACACUGAGAAAACACGUUUGACGGGGUUUGCACACCAUUCUGACUGCUCUUCUUCUUCUCUACUACUCGCAAUUCUGCCGUAAUGGACGACGCCCGCAAAGGUGACGCUGCUCUCAGCGCAAGCAAACCCGACGAAGCCAUUGAGCAUUACACCAAGGCCCUUGGUGUCAAUCCGACCGCCGUAAAAUACUACAUCGGCCGCUCGACAGCCUAUCAGCGUACCUCCAAGUUCCCCGAAGCCCUUCAUGAUGCCGACGUCGCAGUUGUCCUUGCCAAAAAGCGCGGCUCACGCGAGCUCAUCAAGGACGCCCAGUUUCGACGCGCCGUUGCACUCUACCACCUUGGCAAAUAUGCGGACGCAGACUUUCUCUUGCGCAUAGUAAAAGGUCUUGACGAAAAGGACAAGAUGUUGCCAAUUUGGGAAGCCAAGGUCGCAUCCAAGUUGAAAGAUGUGCCAGAGAAUGAUGAGCAGAGGACAGUCACGAUUAAGGAGGACCCGGACGUGGAAAUACCCAGUGCACCCACACCCACCGCCCCAGCCAAGACCGCAGACACGGCAACAACCCAGGCACCGAAGCCUCCCGCGCCGACGCCCAAAGAGAAGAUCAAGACCGACUGGUACCAGUCCCAUGAUAGUGUCACUCUGAACAUCAUGGCCAAGGGUGUGCCCAAGGACAAAGCUGUUGUAGAAAUUGAACAAGAGGCUGUCUCCGUCUCUUUCCCCAUUGCCGACUCGUCGUCCGAAUACAGCUACAACGCCGACCCUCUCUUUGCAUCCAUCGACCCCUCGCAGUCCAAGUACCGAAUAACACCCACCAAGAUCGAGGUGACGCUCCGAAAGGCAACACCAGGUGUGAAGUGGCACAGCCUCGAGCGUGCCCAGGGCGAAGUAGCCACCAUCACGUCACAAGCAUCUUCUUCUGUCGCUCCUGUAAAGGAGACCGCCCCCGCAUAUCCUACGUCGUCUAAAUCGGGCACCAAGAACUGGGACAAGGUGGUGGUCAAUGAUCUCGACGACAAGGACGAAAUCGAAGGGGACGAGACAUCGCACUUUUUCAAGCAGCUGUACAGCGGAGCUACGCCCGAGCAACAACGGGCUAUGAUGAAGAGUUACUCUGAGAGCGGCGGCACAGUGCUGAGUACCGACUGGAGUAAUGUUGGGAACAGGAAAGUGGUACCUGAGCCGCCAGAGGGCAUGGAGGCGAAGAAGUACUAGACCUGAUGGACGAACAGGUGCAAAGAACUUGUGAAGUUUGUGGGACGGGCUAAUAUGACUGUGUUAUUUUAUGAUGUAGCAUAGCGUGGUGUUUACGAGUUAUCAGGGAAUUGCUGUCAGUGUAUAGGUCGUACAAUUAAAGAUUGUAGCCAUCUGCCGGCACCGUUCAAUAUCAUAUAUCAUGAGAGGAAAGGAUAUGUGAAGUCAGUUGCAUGACUUGAUCUGAGUAUGUAUUUGGGAGAUUGACGUGGAUGGUUGGAUGCAGAGGAUGCAGUAAAGGGGGUUGACGGAGAUGUAUUUGUUGUAAGUCUAGGGUAGUAUGUGUGAGGGGUUGAGCGUGGGAAGGGGAUCCAGGCAGGGUGGUAAGGAAAGUAUCGGAAAAAGAUAUGUAUAGGGUAUGCGAUGUACGUUGUGGUAGAGGAGAAGAAGAUAGAUGAUGUUAGUGUGUUAAUCCCAUCCCAU